AUGUUUGUGCUGCCACCGCCGCCAACUUCAACGAAAAACGCUUUGCCCGGGCUUUUGCCCAAACGAAAGGGACACGAUAAUCUGGCACCGGUGCCAGAGGACCAAGAAUUCGUAAAUGCACCUCCGGAAUUCGCAGAUCGUGCAAGAGAUGAAAUUCAUAAAAGACUUCUUCUGACCCGCAACAAGAGAAACGGCCCGGCAGACUCAAAUGGAGCCCGUCAUUCGUCACAGAAUCGGGACCAUCAACCCCGUCGCGAUUCAGACACCGUUUCGCUCGCCACAACAUCCACCAAUGGGUCUAGUGUCUUUUCCACUCCCAGCCAUACCACAAACUCUACGGGGUCCACAUCGGCUAGCUCAGCUGCAUCAUUUAUUGACUAUUUCGACAAACCCCGCUCCAUUUUGCUGCAAGAUGCUCUGCCCAAGACUUUUUACGACAUGUACGCUUCCGAAUUGUUAUUGGAUUCCCACAAUUUGCUUUGCAAUGGUCGUCCUAAGUUCACCAAACGGGAGCUACUCGAUUGGGAUCUCAACGACAUACGUUCGCUCUUGAUGGUGGAGCGCUUACGUCCUGAAUGGGGAUAUAAAUUCCCGACUAUCGAAUUCGACACCACUUCUAUCACUACAUCGGCCUCCACGGCCAAGACGCCCGUACCGCAAUUCCGGUUCCAGCUUUUACCGCUGGAUUCUUCAGAUGACAUGAUAAUCCGGUGUCUGGUCGAAUCAGAUUUAUACUUGGAGGCAAAUCUUGAUUACGAGUUCAAACUCACCAGCGCAAGGUACACGGUAAGUGCUGCUCGAAAGCGUCAUGAACAGCUUGUGGGCCGUCAUGAACCGGUCAUGAUCCUUUCGAAACCCGAAUGGAGAAACAUUAUUGAGAACUAUCUGCUUAACAUCGCCGUUGAGGCUCAAUGCCGGUUCGACUUCAAGCGUCACUGUGCAGAGUUCAAAAAAUGGAAGCAGCUGCAAGCUCUGGUGAAGAAACCAGACAUGCCUCCCCCUUCCACCAUUCCUCAGCGCAAACGCGAACCUUCUCUGUUGAGGAGAACGUUAUUGAAGAACACUGCCAUCAAAUCGACGUCGUCCUCAAUCCCCGAAGAGACUUUGCCCAUCGGCACACACACUGCGUUCAAAGGCUCCAGUCCCAAGAUUUCCUUGACUAAGGACGAGAAGUCCAUGUUGUGGUCACAGUGCCAGUCUCAGGUCUACUCGAGACUGGGACUCGAUUGGACUCCCGAUCGCGUCUAA